AUGAAGGUCCUCCUUUGCCUUGGUUUCUUUCUGUGCUUCUAUCUCAGCUCAGAGGCAAAAAUCUAUACCAAGUGCGAGUUAUACAGAAUGUUCCAGCAAACUGGACUUUCUGGAUAUCAUGGCAUCAGCGCUGCAAACUGGAUAUGUCUGGCCUACUAUGAGAGCAACUACAACACCGCAGCUAUAAACAACAAUGGGCCAAGCCGUGACUAUGGAAUAUUUCAGAUCAACAGCAAAUGGUGGUGCAAUGAUGGAAAGACAGCAGGGGCAGUCAACGCUUGCCACAUCAGCUGCCAGAGUCUCCUGAAUGAUAACAUUUAUGAUGACAUUGAGUGCGCUAAACGAGUUGUGCGGGACCCCAAUGGCAUUGGAGCUUGGGUUGCCUGGAGGAACCAUUGCAGAGGAAAGGAUUUGAGCCGAUUUACAUCUGGAUGCUAA